CAUCACUCUUCCAAUCCUGACCGCUUUGCUCCUCCCUCCCCUUCCAGUUCUUGUCUUCUCUCAGCAGCAUCGUCCCUGGAACCCGUCCUGUGCUCCUUCGCCGGCUAUCCAUCUGCUGCUAGUACCCGCUCCGUGCGCCUCAGCCAGCUCCCCCCCGUCCCCGUCCAACUCGUCGAGCUACCCCUCCAAGCCCCGCCAUCGCUCGUCAAAAUGGUUGGCCUGGGACCUCGUCCGCCGCCUUCUAGGAAGGGUGCGUGUAUCCCCGGCCGGCCUCGUCUGGCAGUCCCUGUCGCUUGCUGCACUCUGCAUGUUUCCGUUGCCUUGGACAACCAACCCAAGGGGCCAUGGCAUGUGCCGCGCCGCAAUCGAUUCAUGUCCAUUGGCCUCUUCCAUGUGAUUCGGCGCAUUGCCUGCGAACAGCCUCGACUCGUUGGCCCCGGUCUCAGUUCGAUGCAUGGAGCUCUGCCACACACCGCGGAAGAAGACCGCCACCGUGCCUUCCUACUGGGGAGCGUCACACAGCCAGGGUUGGUGUGUUGGAUCUAAGGCCCUGUCUGUCGUCUCUCCGGGUACUCGUCUUCCGGCAGUCCCCGCUUGCGAGUGCCUUUCCAGUGCGAUGAAAGGCAGCUGAAGCAACUCGCACGUCGACACGGGGGAUGGUCCCGUGAUUCACUACCGGCAGGGUGCUUGCGACUGGGAUCGUUGCCUGCCUGUCUGAAUAUACAAAGAGCCGCCGUCUCGCCUCGUCUACCAUGCCAUGGACCCCGCCCCAGACUCUUCGCUCCUCUGCCCCUCAGCCGGAAUUACAGCCGCCUGAUGAUGCUCCUGUUUGCUACCAAGUAGUUCAGACGACCGCUAACAGUACAUGUCGCAAUGGCAGGGUCAAAGACGGACUUUCCCAAGGACCUGAUGGAGCAGGUCAGGCACCUGGAGGGGCUCUUCACCGUCGACCAGAAGAAGCUCAAAGAAAUUACCGAACAUUUCAUCUCAGAGCUUGCCAAAGGCUUGAGCGUCGAGGGCGGCAGCAUUCCCAUGAACCCGACCUGGGUCAUGUCAUUCCCCGACGGCUACGAGACAGGAACCUUCCUCGCUCUCGACAUGGGCGGCACGAACCUGCGAGUCUGCCAAAUCACCCUGACUGAGCAAAAGUCCGAGUUCGACAUCCUGCAGUCCAAGUACCGCAUGCCCGAAGAGCUCAAGACGGGCAACAGCGACGAGCUCUGGGAGUACAUUGCCGACUGCCUUUACCAAUUCAUCGAGACGCACCACGGCGGCUGCAACAUUGAAGCCCUACCCCUGGGAUUCACCUUCUCCUACCCUGCUACCCAAAACUACAUCGAUGAGGGCAUCCUCCAGCGCUGGACCAAGGGCUUCGACAUCUCCGGUGUCGAGGGCAAGAACGUCGUACCCAUGUUUGAGGCUGCGCUGGCCAAGCGUGGCGUCCCCAUCAAGCUGACGGCUCUGAUCAACGACACCACGGGCACCAUGAUCGCUUCCGCGUAUACCGACACCAAGAUGAAGAUUGGCUGCAUCUUCGGCACCGGCUGCAACGCUGCCUACAUGGAGAAUGUCGGUUCGAUUCCCAAGCUCGCCCAUAUGAACAUGGCGCCCGAUACACCCAUGGCCAUCAACUGUGAGUGGGGAGCCUUCGAUAACGAGCACAAGGUGCUGCCCUGGACCGAAUUCGACAAAAUCAUCGACCGCGACUCUCCCCGUCCGGGACAGCAGGCGUUCGAGAAGAUGAUUGCUGGCCUCUAUCUCGGCGAGAUCUUCCGCUUGGUCCUGGUCGAUCUCCACGACAACAAGGACGUGCACAUCUUUGAGGGCCAGGACAUCUCCCACCUGCGAAAGGCUUACACCCUGGACUCUUCCUUCUUGUCCGCCAUCGAGGAGGACCCCUUUGAGAAUCUGCAGGAGACGUCCGACUUGUUCCGUUCCAAGCUGAACAUCACCUGCACGCUGCCGGAGCUGGAGCUGGCUCGCCGCCUCGCGGAGCUCAUCGGCACCCGAGCUGCCCGUUUGUCUGCUUGCGGCGUUGCUGCCAUUUGCAAGAAAAAGGAUUACAAGACUUGCCACGUCGGCGCUGACGGCUCCGUCUUCAACAAGUACCCUCACUUCAAGGCGCGCGGGGCCCAGGCGCUCCGCGAGAUCCUCGACUGGCCUGAGAAGGCCAACACCAAGGACGAGGACCCCAUUGAGAUCCUCGCUGCCGAAGACGGCAGCGGUGUCGGUGCCGCCCUGAUUGCCGCCCUGACCCUGAAGCGCGUCAAGGCGGGCAACAUGGCCGGUAUCCUGCAUCCCGAGAACUUCAAGUAAUGGCGGAGGCAGCUGGGUUGGGGGUCACCCAGCGGUUGCGGAAGGACCAUGUGGGCUCCAUGGGCAACCAAAAAAGUUCAGAGAAAGAUUUCGCAGAUAGAUGUCAUCACAAUGGCCAGGAUAUGAGCUCUUGUUUGCGAACUCAGGGUACAGGAGCUGAGUGAGGGAGGGUUACUCUCCUCUCGAUUGACAUAAGCC